AUGGGGAUCAACAAACGUGGCACAACCAGCAGCAAGACGAUGACGACGACCACAAGACUCCUGGGACUGAGCCUGUUGCUCCAACUGCUCUGUGGCAGCCUCGCUGUCCAGCAGUUUUUGUUCGCGCGGAUUCCACGUUCGGUUUUCGAUUCACCCUCCUCUUUGGGCUGGAACACAGUUAGUAGCUUUAGUCCAUUUGGAAUGGGUCACAUGACCAAGGAUGAGCUGUUGACGCUGCUCGAAGCAUGGCAGGAAGUUGAGGACGAUACCACGCCGCCGGCUCCCGAACCGGUUGAGCCACCAGCACCGCCGCCAAGACGUCCGGUGCGACCACCACGUCCACGUCCACGACCAACGCCAAGACCUCGACCACGACCGACACCAACACCGACACCAGAACCGGAGCUGCCUCCACCAGGUGCACCGGUCACUGUGCAACUGCCCGCCUUUGUGCCCAUACAGCUGUCGGCCAUGUUUACGCCACCUGUGGCAGUAGCCAAUGGAGGAGGAGGAGGAGCUGGUGGAGGAGGAGCUGGUGGACCAGGGGGAGCUGGUGGCGCAGGGGGAGCUGGUGGAGCAGGCGGAGCUGGAGGAGCUGGUGGAGCUGCUGCUGGCGGUGGAGGUGGAAAUGGUGGAGCCGGUGCAGGUGGAGGAGGAGCAGGAGCUGCAGGUGGAGGAGGCGGAGCUGCUCGCAUUGGUUUGGGCUUUGACAAUGACUAUGCCGACCUGGACUUGAUUGGCCAGUCAAAUGAGGAAGCCUCGCCGCGACUCUUCCGUUACAUGCAGCUGCCCAUGACUGGCGCCCAGCCACGCCCACGUUCCGCCCAGCCUCACGUAAUGCGCAACACGUUGGAAAGCGUGGACACGGGAAUUGCACCGUUGGCCAAUUUCAUAAAUGUCAAAUCGAAGAGCACCAAUUUUAGACCACCAAUGAGUCUACCAAUUCAACAGCAUGCUCCAGUGCAUCAAUUUCCAGUCAGCCGACCCAAAUUUGUGCCACCACCGCCGCCAUUCCUGGCCAAUGCACCAGGCCCACUGGAAUUGGUGCCCUCAUCCCAGAUCAUUGGCAAUUGGCGCGAGUGA